GGCGGAUGACACGCAGGCAAAGGUUAGUUGAAGAUUUCCGCCGUUAUCUUGACAUUCAUGGAGAAGGAAUUGCAAAAGUACCGUGCUCAGAAAGCUAAAGAAUACAAAGAGAGCAGAUGGAGUGUAUGGAGACCUACGUUUUCAUUUGGGACAAAGAUUUUCAGCAAUUUUGUGACAGAACAAAAUGAACGUAGUUUACACUGGUUGAUAUUAUUCUUAAAACUUCUCUUCUGGUUAGUACUCUGGGGUUUCUUCGUUCAAAUUGAGUUUGGAACCGUGUUUUUCAUCCUUUCAAUGUUUUAUUGGGUGUAUGUAAGUAUGCAAGCAGGAUCAAGGAAGCCUUGGGAACCCAGUCCUUAUUCUGUGUUUAAUGAAAACUGUGAAGCUAUUGAUGGAACUCUUAAUGCGGAACAGUUUGAACGAGAACUUAAGUUCGGAGCGGGAGCCGUUUCAGGAAAUUCAAAAUAAUAUUUGCUUUAGUCAGUAGGGAUGAUAUUAAAAUGAGAAAACAUGUCAAAGUGCCUGAUAGCUGGACCAGAAUUCAGCCAAAACAUCAAGCCUGCAAUCUGCCCAGUCUAUGUACCUUACCAUACUUAUGCAUGGAUGUGGUAGGCUUGUGGUAAGGACAGGCCUUCAGGUCUUCACUGAUGAUGACUUGCCUACAACUUGAGCUACAGAAGUUGACAAAGGGACACAAGAAAGUGCGAACAAGUCUGCCAGACUGCAAAGGACUUGAAUUCAGAAAGUCUACCAUUUCACCUCAGUAAUGGCUGCACAGACAACUGUUUGGACCUCAUUAGGAGACAUAAGCAUGUCAUAGCCUCAGACAAAAUGGUCUCACAUGUGAUCACAUGCUCAACCAUUUACCUGUUGCC